UAAGUCAACAAAUUGAACGAUGAACAUGUUUCGCAAUAAUAUCAGCACUGAAACGAAUUAGUAAAUUGAAAUAAAUUUGAUUUUUAUUUACUUUCAGCUCAAACACAAAAUGUCUCCGUUCUUCGCUGCGAUCUUUUUGCACAGCCUGUGCCUUGCCACCGCCAUCAACUUCACAACCGUCUACGAGUGGGAAACAUUCGAUUUCGACUGCCCAUAUGGAAAGAUUAGACAAGAUUUUGAUCCAAAGAAUGUUUAUCUUCAAAACAUGGCAGUUUUUGAGAGAAGGCUGUUUCUAAGCCUUAAUUUGGAUUCUGGAAUUCCCGCCACUUUAGUGUGGGUGCCAACGAGCGGAACUUCAGCUGCACCUCCAAAGCUUUCUCCUUUCCCAACCUGGCAUUUACACGAAAAGCACAACUGCCACACAAUUCAGAGGGCCAGAGGAAUGGAAACGGACACUGGUGGUCGGUUGUGGGUGCUCGAUAACGGCAGCUGGGAAUGUCCGAAGAGCAAACUUUGGAUAUUCGACAUGUUCGACAUCGACGAAACCGAGCGUGUUCACGAAUUCCCGGAUGCAGUCGUCUCUCAUACGUAUAAAACAAGGGUCCUGCGUAAUAUCGUGCUGGACAAAACGCCUGACGAUAAUCUUGCGUACAUCACGGAAUCUGAAUCUGAGCACCUCGUAGUUUACAGCCGAAAAAUGGACAAAUCCUGGACAGUUAAAACACCAGGCAGAAAAUGGUAUUCGUUGGCCCUCUCUCCUGACAUGGAAGCGACGAAACAGUUGUACCUUGCAAGAGCUUUUUCCUAUGAACUGUACUCGGUGUCUGUUUCUGAGCUGAAGAAUGAAGGUGGAACCGCUGCUGUGAAACUAAUCGGCGAAUGGACUGGAGUGCCUUACAGAAUGCUAAUCGACAGUGCCAAUGUCUUGUAUGCCGCCUUUUUCGACAAGAAUUACCUCUCGAAAUGGAAUAUUUCGGAGCCCUUCCAUGAGCAGCGAUUUCACGAGGUCGGAAGACUGGGUGCUUUUUAUCCAUUUAUUAUUGCUUUGGACACGACCAACACUUUAUGGAUGACGGAGAGAAAUCAAUCUGGGGGUGCGAAUGAGACUAGGAAUAAACUACUCAAGGCGGAUGUCGACGUAAGAUCGUAUUCAUUCAGCGUGUCCACAGGCUCGACUACGCCUCAAGUUAACGUGACUUCGGAAGUCGUGAAAAGCGCGCAAGAUCCAACAAUCGGUGGACAUGCUGGUCUUGUAGCAGAUCACCGCAAAAGUCAGUUUUCGAACACAAUUAUGAUUUUGUUGCUCGUGUGUUUCUUGGUCUUGAGCAGCACUGUCAUCGUGUGGCUGACCCUGAGGAUGAGAAGAAUGCAAACCUCUUUCAGGCAGAUUCCCUUUGAAAAUAAUGGCGAAAUGUUCGUUUUCCUGGAUAGCAAACACGGAGAUUAAUAUAAAAUAAUCUUUUAUUUGUAAGAUUUUUUGAGGUAAAUAAAAGUAUCUGUUUGGAAUUUUCCCUAAUUAAA